UAUUCCUCUUUCCUUCCUAUUCUCGAACUUUCUCUCCUCCGUUUUCAUUUCAGGUUUUGUUUCAAUCAAAAUCGAAAAUUUCGUUCUUGUUUCUUCUUGGGGUGAAGAGGACUAACGUCUUUUUUCAUUUAAAUCAUUGGCUAAAUCGAAUUCUGAUCCACCAUGGCUGCCAAGAUUCUUGCGAACUUAAUUGUAAUGGGAUCGGGUAUAUUGGCUCGGGCUGUUGUUCAGGCAUACCGUCAAGCACUUGCAAAUGCUGCUAAAUCUGGUGUUACUCACGAGACACUACAAAACGCUGCCCGUAAAGCUGGUAAAGCCAUGACAGAGCAAGAAGCUAGGCAGAUUCUCGGUGUAAGCGAGAAUGCCAAUUGGGAGGAGAUAAUGAAGAAGUAUGACCAUUUAUUCGAGAAGAAUGCCAAGGUCGGCAGCUUCUACCUUCAGUCAAAAGUUCAUUGGGCUAAGGAGUGCUUAGAAGCUGCCCAUCAAGCCAAAGGAGAAGGCACCUCCCCUAGUUAAGAUUUCGACCAGGUUUACUCGUUUCGUUUCACAUACGGAUGCCUGUUUGUAAAUUAACUCUGACAAAAAUGGUCGCAAAUAUUUGAAUCAUAUGCACCAGCCUCUCCGGCUUCAAACACCGAUUCAUUCAAAUUUUGUGUCAAUGUUAUAUAGUUGAGUGUUGCAAGUAAUAACAAAGCUUUUGUUAGGCUGUCGUAUUGU